AUGGCAGCCAAACGUCUACGCAACUUCUUUUUCAGAAGCGUGUGUGUGACAGUCAGCCUUCUAUGCUGUUUUUGCCUUGUGAGGGCACAAGUGCGGUAUUCCAUUCCGGAGGAGAUGGUGAAAGGUUCUUUAGUAGGAAAUGUCGCAGAUGACUUGGGUAUCGACAUGAAAAGACUUCGGAGCGGUCGAGCUCGUAUUGUAGCCGGAGACAACAGUCCUUAUGUAGAGCUGAAUACAGACAAAGGGACGCUGACGGUGAGUGAGAGGAUAGACCGGGAGCUUCUGUGUAAGCACAUAUCUCCGUGUAGUUUUAGUUUCGAAAUUAUCUUAGAAAAUCCUAUCCAGCUGUACACUGUUCAAAUUCUAAUACAAGAUCAGAAUGAUAAUGCGCCUCAGGUGCUCUAUCCUGUACAGACUGGUAGUUCUUUGGUGGCUGAAAUGGUGCCUAGAUCAGCAGAUGUCGGCUAUCUGGUCACUAAAGUGGUGGCUGUCGAUGUGGACUCUGGACAGAAUGCCUGGCUCUCAUAUAAACUGCCAAAAGCACUGGAGAGGCCGCUGUUUGAAGUUGGGCUUCACAAUGGAGAGAUCAGAACUGUGCGCCAGGUGACUGAUAAAGAUGCUGUGAAACAGAAACUCACUGUUGUAGUGGAGGACAACGGACAGCCCUCUCGCUCAGCUACAGUCAAUGUGAACCUGGCAGUGGCGGACAGCUUUCCUGAAAUACUCUCCGAAUUUACUGACUUUACGCACAAGGAUUAUAAUGGAGAUUUGACCUUUUAUUUAGUUUUGGCUCUAGCCGUGGUGUCCUUUCUCUUCAUUGCGUGUUUAGUUGCCAUAAUAUCAGUGAAGAUCUACAGGUGGAGACAAUCGCGCGUUCUGUAUCAUUCCAAUCUGCCAGUUAUUCCAUAUUAUCCACCUCAUUACGCAGACACCACAGGCACUGGAACUUUGAAACAGGUGUACAAUUAUGAGGUGUGCAUGACGACAGACUCCAGGAAAAGUGACCUGAAGUGUAGACCUAGUAGCCAAAGUGUCAUUAGUUUUGAUCCCAGCGGAACUCUGACACUUCCCCACAUUCAGAGGAGGGAGGACAGUGAGGAGUUUCCACCUCAGGUGAGAUAUCAUUGA